AUGACGAUGACACAGCAACAAGAAAUUCAUCCAACCAUUUACAUAUCCCCUAUGACGGCUGCGCCACCCCAAGAUAUGAAACAAUCUGCCGUCGUUAAGCAUCUUGUUCCUCAUCCGUUAACCGCAGACUGUAUUGAAGAAGUAUUGAAUCAUCUUUUAGACAGUAGCGGAUCUUUAUACUCUUGUGCUUUAGUAAAUCGUCUCUGGAAUCACCUCGCCAUUCCUUUAUUAUGGUAUCAUCCAUUUGGAAAUAAAUUACAUGAUAGAAAAGCUCGAAUCUUAUUUGAAACGUAUAUUUCUUGUUUUCCCGAUGAUAAGAAAAAUAUGUUAUCAAUGAAAAGACCACAUUUCCCGAUUCAAAGACCAUUAUUCCAUUAUCCAAAAUAUUUACGCGGGUUUGACUGGGGUAAUUUUCAAUUUGCAAUUAAAGAAUGGUUUAGUACAAUGCCACAACAUCAUGAUCUAAAUACAAAAUUACAAUCUAGUAAAUUUUUUAUUGCAAAUUAUCUUCUCGGUAGAUGUAGUGGAUUGAGAGUUCUAAGAAUCGAACCUGAUGCUUCAACUAAAGAUAAUAAAUUUUUGGAUUUAGUAUCUUUAUCUAAUUUUCGAUUCAUUUUUUCAAAACUUGAAAAGCUUGAGAUUCAAUUCGAUUCAUGUUGUGAGAAUUGGUUACCAAGUUUAGAAUUGAUUGCUCUAUUUGCAACUAAAUUAUCUAUAUGUUCAAGAAAUAUUCAACAUAUUUCGAUUGCUGAUAAAAAUUCUAGAUUUAAUUCUUCACGACUUCCUUCAUAUAUAUGUGAAGCUCUUUGGCAAUUAAUCAAGGCUCAAACAAAUCUUAUUACUCUAGAAAUUCAUGAAUUCUGGAAUCCUGAAAGAUCCGAAUUAUUUUAUGACGCUCUUGAAUCUCAAGCUCGUUCUUUGAAAUUUUUAUCCAUUUCUCAUAUUUCACAAUUUCAUCUUUUACUUCCAACUUUAACAAGUUGUACUAAUUUGGAAACUUUAGAAUUUCGAACUGUCCCCGAUACAAACAUGGAAACUUUAUUAUAUACAAAGGAUUCAACUUCUCAAUUAUCAAUUAAAAAACUUUUAUGUUAUGAUUUCAAAGGCGAUCCAAGAAUUCAUAGGCUCACUUUAGGGAUCGUUAUUUUUAUGACAAAUCAACAUUUAAGAGAACUUUACCUUCCAGUUGAAGUUAGACCUGAAUUAUUAGAUGUAAUUUGUCAAUAUUGUCCAAAUCUUGUAAAUUUACAUCUAGUUUUAACAACUCCACUUCUUUUAAAAAUUCUUCCUUAUAUUUCCACCUUGCCGUUAAAAUCUUUGGCUUUAUUUGACAAAGAUAAAUCUUCUUUUCCAAUAGAAUUAAUACAACAAGUAGCUCAAUCAUUCCCUCCUACUUUAUGCAAUUUGGAAAUUAAUUUUCAUAUGACGUCGCAAGGUUUACAAUAUUUUUUGGGAAAUUGUAGAGGAUCAUUAAAGAAGUUGGUAAUUCAUAAUAAAACUAUGAAUGAUCAAUAUUUGGCGGUUGUUGCUCAUUAUGCAAAAGUUAAAAAAAGUUUGAAAAUAUUUAUGUAUGAUGGGAAAUUUUCUGAAGAGAUGUUGGAUAAUGCUAGAAUUUGGAUUCCAUUUAUUGAAAACGUUCAAUAG